AUGUCCCUCCUCGAACGUCAUCUCGAGCAAAUCUCUCUCUCCGCAGAAUCUAUCGCAGGGCUCCGCUUCCCUCCCCCCAAGAUCUUCACCAAUGCCCUCCUCUCAGCCCCCGACAUCACCUCUUUAAUCCGAGACACCGAACCUCACGAGCGCGCGCUCUUCUCCGUGCCUUCCCAGCCGCCGCACAUCACGUCCAGCACGCCCUACCAGGACCCUGCGACCUCCACUGCCUCCCGCCGGCAGACCGUGUUCAAUGUCACCCAAGGCGAAGUCACAGCCGGCACAGCCACGGGCUCCCGCGCUCCCCGUCGAAACACGGCUGUAGCUGCCGUCCUUGGAGCCGAGCUGCACAACCAGGUUCGCAAGACAGAGGGCAAAGGGGAGAUUGACGUCGAGGUUCUGCUGAGAGGAGCAGAGAAGCUGAAUAACGUGUACAGCGUUCCUGGUGUCCCGGGCAGGAUCGAGGAUCUGAGGAGACGGUACGAGGAGGCUGUCCGGGAGCUGAAUCGCUACGAGGAGAGGGUGAAAAGGCAGACGAGGGAGCUAGAGAGGAUCAAUCGCGGGGAUACGCCGGGCGACGAGAAUGAGGAUGGGGACGAGGAGGAUGACGGGGACUACGAGGGAAGUGGGGAGAAUGAGUACGAAGUGGAGGUUACGGAAGAGGAAUUGAUGGCUGAGGAAGAGGAAAUCAGGGAGCUGGAGCGGAAGAAGAAGGAGCUUGAGGAGAGGGUCAGUGGGAUGGAAAGAGAUCUUGGGGGCUUGUCGAGAUGA